CAGCGGUUUUUACAACGCCAAAAUAUAUCAACGUAUCAGUCAUCGGUUUUCGCGAUCAUUGCAAAACGUGUUAUACAUUUGCAUCACUUCCAUUAACAUAUUGUGGCUUGGGUGCACUACAGGAUUACCCAUUAGGCAAGAAUAUGGCAUCUGAAGCCAGUGAAGAUGAACCUGGUGUUGCAAAAAUCAAGAAAGAGUUCUUGCUUCUAGAUUACAAGCCUGUUCUGGACACUGAGUUUGUUUCCGAUGCAGUGCUUGAACAAUUGGAGACUGAACGAAAUGAAAACACAGAAAAUACAUCAGGACCUCCAAGCAAGCGAAUAAAACUGAAAGGAAGAAAUAAACAUAGACCUAAGGGAAGGAAAAUGGAAGCUUCUGAAAAAUUGUGCCAGGCCUAUGUCAAGGACAGGGACUGUAGUUUUGGGGACAGAUGCAAAUUUAGUCACGAUAAAGCGAAGUUCUUGGAAACCAAGCCUGAAGAUAUUGGCAAAACAUGUUAUUUGUUUGAUACCUAUGGAAAGUGUCCAUAUGGUGUUACAUGCAGGUUUGCCAAAAGUCAUAUAUCAGAAGACUUGAAAAAUGUGGUAAAAGAGGAUUUUGACCAGAAAGCACCCAGAGAAAGUCAUGUGUCAAAUGUGUUGACGAAAGAUUUGCAAGUUGCUCUCUGGAAAAGGCGCUAUGAUUUUUCAAAGUCAGAUAAGAUUAUUGAAAAAAUAUGUCCUCGGUCAAAUAACCAAAAGAAGCGCCUUCCAAAAGAUAUUGGGCCAGAACAAAUACAGGGCAGCCCACAAGUAUCUGACUGUAAACCAUGUGAAGUUAAAAAUCUUGAGCCAGAAGACAGUCCAGUGAUUAUUUCAAAUAAUAUAGCAGAAGAAGGGAAUUUCCCUGAUAAGCCUGUUGAUGUGGAAGGAGCAACAAACGGUGCAUCAACAAUCACCUUAGGCACAUCUGUGAUAGUUGAUACCCCUGUAGCAGAGGUCAAACAAGUGGAUUUUUCAGACAAGCUGUAUCUUGCACCACUUACCACUGUGGGUAACCUUCCUUUCCGUCGUAUCUGCAAGCGCUACGGUGCAGACAUCACAUGUGGGGAGAUGGCAGUGGUCACCAACCUGCUGCAAGGUCAGCAGUCUGAGUGGGCCCUGCUCAAGCGACACGAGAGCGAGGACGUCUUCGGAGUACAGUUGUGUGGGGGAUUUCCAGACUCGUUCACCCGCUGUGCCCAGGUGAUCUGUGAAAAAAUGAAUGUGGAUUUCAUAGACAUCAACUGUGGUUGUCCUAUAGACCUCAUCUUCAACAAGGGAGAGGGCAGUGCCCUGAUGGGACGGCAGCAAAAGUUUGAACAGAUCAUACGGAGCAUGAGGGCAGUGAUGGAUGUUCCACUGACUGUUAAAAUAAGGACUGGUAUCCAAGACAACAAGAACAUCGCCCACACACUAGUACCUCAUCUUCGGGACUGGGGCGUUGCCAUGACCACGCUGCAUGGUCGCUCCAGGCAACAGAGGUACACCAAGCUGGCGGACUGGGACUAUAUCCAUGAGUGUGCAGUGGCUGCAAGUCCUAUGCCCCUCUUUGGUAACGGUGACAUCCUGUCCUACGAGGACGCCAACAUGCACAGACAACAGACUGGUGUGUCGGGCCUCAUGAUUGCAAGAGGAGCCCUGAUCAAGCCCUGGGUUUUCACAGAGAUCAAGGAGCAGAGACACUGGGACAUCCGCUCCACUGAGAGACUGGACAUGCUCAGGGACUAUGUGAACUAUGGUCUGGACCACUGGGGCUCAGAUCAUCAGGGGGUUGAGAACACACGAAAGUUCCUGCUGGAGUGGCUGUCCUUCUUGCACAGGUACAUACCGGUAGGGGUGCUAGAGAGGGUCCCUCAGCAGAUAAAUGAGCGGCCCCCGUACUACCAAGGUCGGGAUGACCUGGAGACACUUAUGGCCAGCCCAAACUGUGGAGACUGGAUCAAGAUCAGUGAGAUGCUGUUGGGCCCAGUUCCAAGUGGUUUCACCUUCCUUCCAAAGCACAAGGCAAAUGCCUACAAGUAAGAGAUAAAACACACCAUGUGGAGUGCUUUGACCAGCUACAAGUAAGAGACAAAUAAUACCACAUGGAGUGAUUCCACCAGCUAUAAGUCAGAGACAAACAAUACCAUGUGGAGUGAUUCAACUAGCUACAAAUCAGAGACAAACAAUACCACGUGGAGUGAUUCCACCAGCUACAAAUCAGAGACAAACAAUACCAUGUGGAGUGAUUCAACUAGCUACAAGUCAGAUACAAACAAUACCAUGUGGAGUGAUUUCACCAGCUACAAAUCAGAGACAAACAAUGCCAUGUGGAGUGAUUUCACCAGCUACAAAUCAGAGACAAAUAAUACCACGUGGAGUGCUUCAACCAGCUACAAUUCAGAGACAAACAAUGCCACGUGGAGUGCUUCGACCAGCUACAAUUCAGAUACAAACAAUGCCACGUGGAGUGCUUCGACCAGCUACAAUUCAGAGACAAACAAUGCCACGUGGAGUGCUUCGACCAGCUACAAUUCAGAGACAAACAAUGCCACGAGGAGUGCUUCGACCAGCUACAAAUCAGAUACAAACAAUGCCACGUGGAGUGCUUCGACCAGCUACAAAUCAGAUACAAACAAUACCACGUGGAGUGCUUCGACCAGCUACAAAUCAGAGACAAACAAUGCCACAUGGAGUGCUUCGACCAGCUACAAUUCAGAGACAAACAAUGCCACGUGGAGUGCUUCGACCAGCUACAAUUCAGAGACAAACAAUGCCACAUGGAGUGCUUUUACCAAACUAGUUUAGUGGAAAGUUUCACUUGUCAUCUCUUGUGUUAACAUUCUUAGAUUUUAAUGUAUUUCGAUAUGCAACUUUUACUUUUCUAUUAAGGAUUAAUAGAUAUUGAGUUUCACAUUUUAUAUAAAAUUCUGGUGUAUAAAAUAUUAAAUAAAUGAUAAAUGAAAUGUUUUCUUAAUAUUUGCACUAAAGUGUUAUAAUAAAAUUAAUGAAACAGUAA